AUGCAAGGUCCAGUUUCGCGACAGACUCGGCAGAACGACCGAAUCGAAGCACAAAACAAUCAAACAUCAUGGCACCGAAAGGCAACUAAAAAGGCGGCAGCGAUGAUGGCUGCUAAGGGCAGCGGCAGCAAGGCUCAGAAAAUCAUCGGCGAGGGCGACAAGCAACGCACAGCGAUCACCAGCCGCGAUACUCAGAUCGCCGUUCAUCUCCAUUUGCCGGGCGAGCUGGUCAAGCACGCCUUCUCGGAGGGAACCAAAGCAGUCACCAAGUACAUCAGCUUCAAAUGA